CCUAUUGAUACUAUACAGAUGACGUUGAAUGUGUUUUAAGUCCCAAUCCGUCCAUUCCAAUUCGCAUCACAUGAUCGUAUGGGAGGAUUCUCAAAUUCCUGGUACCUGGCAUGGCUGUGCGCGGCUGAGGCGGCAUCCAGCUGAUAUAUAACCUUGAGACACAGCCUCACGAAAUCCCCCAACUUUUCUUCUUCAACAAUCUCACAAUGGAGGAUCCAGAUAAAACAAUGCCGUCCGAGACGGAAUUCCCAGUGCCGCCGACGUACGAGAAGGCGGGUGAGAUCAAAGAGUUCGACGCGUCGGGACACCUGGUCGCAACCGUGACGGUGCUCCGCGGCAGCCUCGUCGAGUACGUUGGGUAUUCUUACGGGGAUUCUUCGUUAUUGCCACCUGAGUAUCUGGUCAAGUACCCAGAGAGUCGCGUUGCUAUAUCUAUCCCGACGAGGUCACACUCAUGGGCGAAGAGCUUUAUGGAGACAUUCCUACCAGCUGGGUAUCCCAAUAGUGUCACAGAGGACUACAUGGAAUAUCAGAUCUAUGACUCGCUCCAAGCCUUCUCAAGCUCCAUAGCUGGCCUCAUCGCUUCCCGCGCUGUCCUCGAAGGCGUUGGAGUCGGCGAUGCCACUGCCUCCCCAACAACCGCCCUCCUCCUCUCCGUCCUGCAAGACUCCACCGGCCGUAUUGCCACCAUCCUCUUCGCCGCACGCCUUGGCCUAUCCCUCGAGCCCGAGUGCAAGCGCUGGCGUCUCGUCGCCGACAUCUUCAACGAUGCCGCUAUGAUCCUCGAUUGCCUCUCUCCCGCUUUCCCAAAGCCGCUACGCGUCAGCCUACUCAGCGCAUCUGCCGCACUGCGCGCCCUCUGCGGUGUCGCCGCUGGCUCUGCAAAGGCAAGUCUGAGCGCGCACUUUGCUAAGAGCGGUAACCUGGGCGAGUUGAACGCUAAAGAUUCCUCCCAAGAAACCAUCAUCUCCCUCUUCGGCAUGCUCGUCGGCACCGCCCUAAUCCCCCACCUCACCACCCCCCUCCAAACCUGGACCUACCUCCUCCUCCUCCUCUCCAUCCACCUAACCACCAAUUACUUCGCCGUCCGCGCCGUCAGCAUGCGCACCCUAAACCGGCAACGCGCCUCCCUCGUCCUCCGCCCCCUCCUCUCCCCCCCCAUCGGCCCCUACGACCUCCCCCCAAACCCGAUCGCCACACCCCUCCUCAUAUCACAACAAGAAACAGUAAUCCACCUCGACCCCUCCUCACUCCACGAUCCAAACCCAGCACACGCCUCCUUCGUCCCUCUCGCCACAGUUCUCUCCCGUGCUUCGCGCGGCCCGAACCCAAUAAAGCCACACAUCCUCUUCAGCAUCUUCGCCGCAGAAUCAUACAUCCUCUAUUUUGACCGCUACACUCGCCACGCAUUCAUAGCGCUCAAAUCGUACGCCACAACGUCUACAGCCCUACGCGCCUGGUUCUGCGCCAUGGAGUGCGCGCACAUGGACGAUGGUAUGUGGGCGGGCGGCUGGAGAAGGGGGCUUUCGUGGAAGCCUACGCAUGGGGGGGAGGAGGGCACGGAUUCCGCGGCGCUAGCGGGGUGCGUGAAGCACGUUGAGAGUGUGUGGCCGGUUAUUAAAAAGGCGUUGAAGGGGAAGGGGUGGGAUGUUGAUACUAAUGCGCUUGAGACGAGGGCGGGGACGAGGUUUCGUGUUGUUGGGGGGAAGGAGAGGGAGAAGUGGGAGUGGUGGCAGAAGUGGGUUGUGGAAAAGAAGGAAACGCGGCCGAGGGAGACUACGAGCGAAACGACGGAGAAGAAGGGGAAGGAGGUUAAGAAAGAUGCCGUGUGGCCGCCGCUGCCGCCGUGGCCGAUCUCUUGGGCUCUUGGGAAGAAAAGCAAGAAAUCGGAAAAUGUGGCGCUGGUUCAAUCACCUAUAAAGGAAAUAGCGAGCGAGGCACCCAGCGAAGCAACAGCGAGCUCGGCAACAUCGCCCGUCUCGGAAGCAGGAUCACAUACAUCCCGACCCAAACACCGCCUGCGGAAAUGGCUCUCCUCCACCUUCCUUGGAAGUCACGCACCGCGCGGAAGGGAAGACAGGGACAGUGAUGCGUCUUCCUCCCGGAGUGAAAGACCAUCGACUGAGAAGCCCUCCCAUGACGUCCUCCGUGAGAAAGCAGCGAUGGAAGCAGCAGCGGCUGACAGACCCUCCUCCUCCGUCCUCUCCGAGAAAGCAGCGAUGGAAGCAGCAGCGACUCACAAACCCUCCUCCUCCAUCCUCUCGGAGAAAGCAGCCCUAGAAGCAGCAGAGGCUGCUAAGCCGUCCUCCUCCUCCGUCCUCUCCGAGAAAACAGCGAUGGAAGCAGCAGCUGCCGAUAAACCCUCCUCUUCCUCCGCCCCCUCCAAGAAAGCAGCGCUACAAGCAGCAGAAGCAGCCGAAGUAGCAGCGUUGGCAGCAGCAGCAACGGCAGCCCGGAACCACGCCAGCAGCUCAUCCGAACCCCCGCCGCCCUAUUCAGAACUUGUCACCAAGGAAGCAGUGGAUGAGGGAGGCGAGAGUAGUAGAAAGACCGAGUGAGUUGAAAGGGCUAGCUAGGACGGCCCAGGGAAGGAGGGAGUGAGGUAAAGGGGUUAGAAUGGCGUAGGGAAAGAGCGCGUGGGGACGCAAGGACACAUAUACAUUUUGAGGGAAGGAGCGACUGGGGAUGUGGAUGAGUUUACUAGGAUAGGUCGAAUGGUAGGGAAGUAGGGAAGGAGCGACUACGGGGGUAGAUGAUGUUUUUCUUGGGAAGGAGCGAAGGGUAGGGAAGGAGCGAUUGAGCGAUUGGGAGUCAGUUACGUUACGGAGCACUUGAGCGCGCAUCUCAGGAGUUUCAAAAGGGUCAAAUGGGAUGGAUAUGGAUAUACGAAUUGAUGAGAUUAAUGAGAUAAAUGAAUGACACGUAUGAAUACACGCGUUGUUGUUUCGCGUGACUGUUCUGUUGAUGUCUGCCUAUUGUAAGGGUGUCUGCCUGCCUGCCUGCCUGGUGUUAUUUCUACGCACUUCCAUCCUUCUCUUCACUUACAUCACGGUUAGAAGCUGAGAG